CGAACAGCGGGGGAAGCCGCUCGAGUGACGUGACUGUGGGCAAAGAGAGGCGGGCCCGGCGGUGCAGCGGCCGCCGAGCAGCGUGUCUACCCUCCAGCAACAUGAAACAUGGAUGAGGAGGUCGCGGAAAGUUGGGAGGAAGCGGCUGACAACGGGGAAAUGGAAAAGUGCUUAGAGGAGAAGCUACGAAUCAGCCAGAGAGAAAAAGACUCGAGUAACCACCAUUGUUCUUCUCGCUCGCCACUGAAGACGGCCAUGGUCAUCCAGGACGACUCUCUACCGGCAGCGCCGCCGCCGCCUCAGAUUCGCAUCCUGAAGCGGCCCGCCAACAACGGGUUGUUGGGGUCCCCCCUGAACCAGAACAGGCCCACGCCACAGGUCAAGUCCCUGGCGCAGCGCGAGGCCGAGUACGCCGAAGCCCGGAAGAGAAUUUUGGGGAGCGCCUGUCCGGAGGAGACGGCCCAGGAUAAGAACGGCGCAGACAGGACCGGUCGCAUCAAUUCUACGUUGCCUUCAGAGGACACCAGAUCAAACAAUCACGCAGUCCGACAGCCAACCAGCCCGGACGGCACCCAAGGGUUCCGACAGCACAGAUAAAUUGGACCUAAAAACUCUCGAGGGAGCUCGUUCCCAGGGGGGAGAGCGGACAAACAACACUACAUCGCUCCAAACCUUCUUCCUACUGGAGUAGGACGUCUCCUUCUCUACAGGAAGAAGAAACUUCCCCAAAGCCCUCCCCGCUUUCCGUCUUGACACUGUGACUGUGAACGCCUGGACUCACUGUGAUGAUCCCUUUAAAGGAACGCCCUCACUCCUCCGCCUCUCCAAGCAAAGACUAGCAAAGAGGCGGCGAAGUGAGGGCCAUCCCCCAGCAAUAAUAGUCAAGACGUCACUUUAUAGUUGUGCUUUUUUUUUAUCUUUCACGUUGGCUUAUCAACUUGCCCCCCCCCCCCAUUUCUGGACUAUUACGAAGGAGUCUCUGCUUGGUCAUUUUCACAUAAACCCAAUGCUUAGAGGACUUGCAGCACAGCCCUUGUAAUACAUCAAUUGUGAAAUUUAGCCAGUUUUCUUUGGGGGGCGGGGGGGUGCAAAAUGGACCAUCUCCUGGUGUUGCAAUGUAGCUUUAUCAGCGCGCCCCUUACGACCACGUUGCCAUGUAUUUUGAACCAUUUUUGUCUCUGCUUCGUUUCUUGUUGCCAGCCUUGCUCCUCGGACUAUUGGGCCCCCCCCCCCCCCAAAAAAGUACAUGCCUCGAGUAAAACGAGGACUUGACAUUCACUUUUUACGUAGCUUUUCUUUUUAAAUAAAGAAAUGGCAGAAGCAA